AUGGCGGCACCAGUUGAUGUGACGAUCCCGGACUGGGCGGCUGCUGUUCCCGAAGACGCCGAGGUGCGGCCAGGGAAACGAAGCCGGGUGGCUCUCGCCUGUCAGAGAUGCAAGGUCCGGAAACAGAAAUGCAACGGUGCAAAGCCGUGCUCAAAGUGCCAGUCUCUUGGCCUCCCAUGCGAGUAUGUAAUCCCCCAGAAGCCGAUGCCGUUCGGCAAAAAUCAGUACAUCAAGAGCCUAGAGAGGAGGGUGGCAGAAUUGGAGACUAUUCUAUCCAAGCAAGGAAUCUCGGAUCUGAGCAAAGAUCACUGGAGUUCCCUCCGGGCAGAACAGACGGGGCGACCCGUUGAGGAUGCCGCGUCCUCCACGCACACUCCCGAUACGGAUGACUUUGAUCACGAGCUUGAUUGGCAAGACGGGUUUGACAACGUUGUUUCGGUACUACGCAGCCUUUCCAUGGACGCGAACGGCACAGGUUAUAUUGGCGGCACCUCGCACGUCACCAUGGGCAAGCUUUUUAGCUUCAUAGGAAGUCACCGAGGUAGAAACGGAGGCCAGUCACGGCGUAGAGACACUGACUUGAUGCAACCACUGGAUCAACCCAGCUUGGAUGAUGUGGAACCCAUCGACUUUUCCGAAGUAGCUCCAGAAGUUGCAGACCGGCUCUUGGUUGGGUGGUUGAAACACAUCGCCACGCGAUUUCCAGUAGUACACUCCGUGUGGGUUCGUCAAAUCCACGAGCGAAGGCAUUCCUUGGCAGUUACCCAUGAGAAAAUUAUCCUGCAUCUUGUGUAUGCAAGUGGAGGGAGGUUUCUGGAGACAGCCGGCGAAUUUGGGCUAUUCUAUCCUCAGAGGCAUUACGCUUCAGCGCUGAGUCAUAUGGGAGCCAUCCUAGAUUAUGACGAUAUACGGUCAGUAACGAUUUUGAUGCUGAUGGCGGUGUUUUGUCUGCGAAAUUCAGUUGGCCCAGGAGCGUGGACCUACUCCAGAAUGGCAAUGCUCGUGGCGCUCAAUCUUGGUCUUCACCGCAAGACGAACGCUAUGAAACGACCGAGCAUAGAGAACGAGCUAAGAAAACGUAUGUUCUGGGCAACCUAUGCUUUCGAUCGGCAGAUAUCUAUACCACUGGGGCGACCGUUUGCGAUAUCAGACCGAGACAUCGACGUACCCUUGCCGUGGGAUAUCGACGAGUCAACUACUGCAGAGGACUUCAGUCGGCUAUCUGAACCCAAGGGCAACGAUUCGGCUCCUGAGCAUAGCACAUCAUUGUCAUCGUUUGUACGAAUGGUAAAACUACGUCGUAUCGAAUCAGAUAUUCAACAAACUAUAUACCGCGUUGAUCUGACACCCGAGAUCUCGGAUACCGUCGUGGACAAAUUUCUCGAGCGACUUGCACACUGGAAGGCCAUGAUACCUCUCGAUUGCCGUCAGAAGAGAGAUUUAGAAGGUGUCCCGUUUGAUGGAUACGAUGUAUACAUGGUCUUUUUCUGCAAGUGCAAGCGACUCCUUCUUUUUCCCGAGAUUUCCAAGACGCCAGUGAACCCGAGAUAUCUCAAGGAGUGUGCCAUGGCUUGUGCAGGUGCCUGCGGUGCAUACAAGCGCCUGCAUCAAGUUAUGUCGGUGGGAUACUCGAUCAUGUCGGUGCAAACAGUCUUCAUGGCGGGAUUAACACUGGUUUACUGCAUCUGGAUCUCUCCCAACGAGGUCUUCGACAUUACGACCUCAAGUGGCAUUCAUGACUGCAGUAUCGUGCUGUUCGUCAUUGCUGAACGCAUAGGCGCUGCUAAGAAGUAUCGCAAUGCAUUCGAGGUCAUCCGUCAGCGCGUUAUUGAUCAGGUCUCAGAUGGUUCUUCCCGUCAACCGAGAAAGGCCAUGUCUGGACUCGUUGCUGAAUUGGGCCCUUCGGUACACUCAUGGGACGUCAACCAGCCAUUUGAGGUUGACCAUGACAGCUUCGAGCAGUUCUCACACAUCAUUUCUGAUAUGAGUGGAGGGUUCCCUGGAUUGAUGGACCCAUUUUCUGACAUGAGCGGAGAGGGUGCACCGGCGUAUGCAGUCGAUGCAUCGUAUAUGCAAACAACACCAUUCGCUCCUGAGGCUCCUCGUUCCCCAGACAUGGUGAGCCCAACACGGACAUUUGGAGCCAACCUUCCUGAAUUUGAUGACAACAAUCCGCUAGACAUUGUCUACAAUGACAGCAUAUCCCCAUGGUUCUCGGCAGCCACCGUUAAUACGACCAUGGCAGACACACAUAAGUUAUUUACCCCACUCCAGAUCGCCAAUGGCUGCAUCGCGCUGAAGCACCGCAUUAUCAUGGCACCAAUGACCCGGAAUAGGGGCGUGCCGUUAUCAGAAGGCACACCUGACGCCCCAAACCGAAUCUGGCUGCCAGACGAUCUAGUUGCUCUAUACUAUGGGCAACGGGCGUCGCCGGGUGGACUGUUGAUUACCGAGGGGAUCCCGCCUUCUAUCGAGGCCAGUGGUAUGCCAAAUGUACCGGGCCUGUUUGAUGAAUCUCAGGUUCCUGGAUGGAAAAAAGUGGUCAAGGCCGUUCAUGCUAAAGGCGGAUUUAUUUAUGCACAACUUUGGCAUGCUGGACGAGCAACUAUACCGCAGUUUUCGGGCACUGGUCCUGUAAGCGCUUCAGCUACACCAUGGGACACGGACGAGAAGUUCCCCUUUAGAACCCCCUUUACCAAAGAAAAGAUAGCAUACAGAGACCACCCGCCCAUCGCUAUGAGCCAUGCGCACCUUCAGAAGACAAUAAAUGACUUCGUUGCUGCAGCAAAGAUGGCGGUGGAUAUUGGUUUUGAUGGCAUCGAGAUUAAUGGUGGGAAUGGCAAUUUACUUGACCAGUUCCUACACUCAAACAUCAAUACUCGUACCGAUGAGUAUGGGGGUUCCGCAGAGAAGCGCUGUAAGUUCGUCCUUGAACUUACAGCCGCUUUGGCCGCUGCCAUUGGUGCGUCGAAUGUCGCCAUACGUAUGGAACCGACUGGACUAUACCAACACACUCGAGGUGGUGAGAGGGUUGAGACUUGGUCAUAUCUCUGCCAAAAGCUCGCAGACACUUACCAAGGCGACAAGAAGCUUUCCUACGUGCACUUCAUCGAGCCGCGGUUCGAUCGUAUUGACUCGGAAGCUGAGAAAGACAAUUUCUACAAGUCUUGGAGCCUGCCUAUAGUUUCCAAUGAACCUUUCCGGAAAAUCAUUAGCGAUAAAGGCAUCCCUACCUUCUCGUGUGGAGGAUGGGAUGAUAAGAACUCCGCAGACGCCAUUGAGAAAGGCUGGGAUGGUGUUGUGUUCGCAAAAUGGUUUACCAGCAACCCCGAUUUGCCCGAUAGGAUAAAGAAUGGCCAAGCUCUCGCCGAGUAUGAUCGCAGUAGAUUCUACGGGUCUUGGGACGGCAUACGCGAAAAUGGCUACACCAACUACGUUGUUUAUGAGGAAGAGAUAAAGGCUAAAGCGGAACAGGAAGAGAAGCCCCCCUCCUAG